CUGGGGAGAGCGGAUAUAGUGAAUGCAGGGUCUGGGGAGAGUGGAUAUAGUGAAUGCAGGGUCCAGGGAGAGCAGAUAUAGGGAAUACAGGGUCUGGGGAGAGCAGAUAUAGUGAAUGCAGGGGUCCGGGGAGAGCAGAUAUAGUGAAUGCAGGGUCCGGGGAGAGCGUAUAUAGUGAAUGCAGGGUCCGGGGAGAGCGUAUAUAGUGAAUGCAGGGUCCGGGGGAGAGCGGAUAUAGUGAAUGCGGGGUCCGGGGAGAGCGGAUAUAGUGAAUGCAGGGUCCUG